AGGCACCGAAAGUACCCGUGAAAAACAAUUCCACAAACCGUGUGUUUCUUCCUGAUUUCGUUGAGCUCUCAGAAACCUUCAAGAGAUUGGUGCCUCUUAGUGUGUUGGCAAAAAAGGAGGAAUAUCACAACUGUUCCAAACAAAUUAAUGAUUAA